AUGUCGUCACAACAUUCACCUGAAUCAGAAGACCAACAACAAGAUGAAGAGUCUGUAACAUCAGAAACUAAUGGUGAUAAUGAUGAAAUAGUGUUGGAACCUAUUGAUUUCGAGUUACCUUCAUCUGCAACUGUUCUCUAUUCACCUUUUACAAAUGCAACAAUUAUAUUGGUUGGAUCAAUUCAUGUUCAUCAAUCAAGUUCUGAUGAGGUAUCAGACAUUAUUAGGAGAUGGAAACCAGACACUGUUUUCAUAGAGUUGUGUGCCAGUAGAGCUGGCUUGGUUUUAAAUAGUAUCGAUUCGAGAAAGGUGACAUAUAUUAAUCGACCAUCAUCAACAUCAUCACAUUCAAAACAAUUACAAUCAUUACAACAACAACAACAACAUCAACAUAGUCAACAACAUCAACCAUCAUCAUCAAGUAAAAGAGGAGGAGAUCCUUCACAACAUAAUCAAAUGAUUUUUAAUCGAAAGAAGUCCUUGAGAUAUAAAUUGUAUAAUAGAAGAGGAGGAAAUAACUUGACACAUUUUGAAAAUUCAGAUGAUGGAGACGAUGAAUUCCAACCAUCAACAACUGAAAUUGAAUCUAGUGAAAAUGAUCAAACUAAAAUUGUAAAUCAACAUCAACAUCAUCAAUAUAAACAAAAAAUAAUUAAUAACAACAAUAAUAAUCAAAAUCAAAAUAAUAAUAAUAAUAAUAAUAAUAUGGAAAUGGAAGAACAUCAUCAACAAAUAAUAGAACAACAAUUAAGUCAAUUUAAUGAUGAACAGCCAGGAAUAAUGGAAAAGGAUAUAAUAAUGGAAGAACAAAAUAUUUAUUAUGACAAGGAUAAUAAUAUAAUACAUGGAAAUAAUAAUAAUAAUAAUAAUAAUAAUGAAAAUGAACAACAAGAAGAAGAAGAAAAAGAGGAAAAAAUGGAAGAAAUGGAAGAGGAUGGGGAAAGGGAAUAUUAUUAUGAUGAUGAUGAUGAAUCGGACGAAACUAGAUCAAAUUCACAAGACGAUGGAUCAGAUUCAUCGUCAUCUUCGUACGAGGCAGAUGAUGAAUGUUCCAAUUCACCAAUGUAUACAACUACACCACCAACACCUGUAGACAGUGAAGACCAUAACAAGAGGGCUACAUUAUCAGAGAUGAUAGCCUUGGUAAAAGAGAAUGGGCUGCCUGGAUUACUACAAGUGUUGAUGGCCGAGAUGAUUAGAAAGGCUGGCAACCAAAGCAAGGUUGGUCCGGGUGCAGAGUUUAUUACUGCCUAUUUGGAGAGUAAAAAGGUUGGUGCCAAGAUUGUAUUGGGUGAUCGAUUGGUCGAGAUUACACUGCAGCGUGUCUGGAACUCGUUGACACGUUGGGAAAAGAUAAAGUUUGUAUUUUACCUCUUUAUUGCUUCGUUUUCAGAGGUGACCGAGCAAGACAUUGACGCACUCAAAAACAGUGACGAACAAUUGGUCGAGAAACUAUUGGAAGAAUUCAAGGAAAAGUUUCCUUCAGUGGUUCGUUCCAUCGUCACUGAAAGAGACCAAUAUAUGGCUGCUCGACUCAGAAUGUCACCUGGUCGAAAGAUUGUUGCUAUUGUUGGAAAGGGUCAUGUAGGUGGAAUCAUUAGAGAAUGGACCAACUACUCUAUCGAUUUGUCACUACUCGAAUCUCCGUUCCCCAACUCUAUGGGCUUUGAACCACCAAGUCGGUUUGAUCAUGGUAGGGGUGCCCGUGCCACUCGAUCCUACAACAAUUCAAUUUCAUGGCUUAGAUGGGCAACCUUUUUAAUCAUCCCUGCUACCAUUGCUUCUGCUGCUAUUUAUUUUUAUAAUCAUAAAUGGAAAUAA